GUGAGAUCCAGCUCACCUGUGGUGGUGGUUUUUGAGAAAGACAGAUCCUAUGGCUUACCUAGUUAUGUAACCUACACUGUGAGUUUAUCAGACCCAGAAAUUGCAAGUAAAACAAAUUUAAAUACUGUACUUACUAUAUCCAGCACAAUGACGGACCAAUCUAUCACUAUCCCAGUGACAAUUACCUAUGUGUCUGACAGAACUCUGUCAAUGAAAUAUAAUACAAGUUUAUUCCAACACUUUCUUGAUUCCUAUCAAGUUAUAUUUUUUACAGCAUUUGCGCUUUUGGCUGGAAUGGCUGUUAUGAUCAUAGUGCACUAUACUCUUUUCUCUCCGAAUGAACAGCAAAUACAUCCAGCUUUCAUCUCAAAGACAAGUCCUCAAAGACCACAUACCGGAGUUCCUGUCACUCCUACAACUCCCUUCAGCCCUAUAUCUUCAAGUCAACAAAACAGUUCUCCAAACAGAUUAUGGAGUCCUCCAUAUUCUUCACAAUGA